CUCUAAAGUCUCUCUAGUUAAUGGCUAAAAAGACGUGGGGUUGCGGAGGCUCGGACGGUCUCGGACGGUCGGAUAUGUCGGAUCAAAUAACUUGACUGACUCUUGUUGGUUGGUUCGAAGAGUCGGUAGACCGUCUCAUUCUCAAUUAUCACCGUCUAGAGAAAUUCUUCUUCGUAUGAGGAAGCUAAACGUUGCAUCAACUCCGAGCCAGAACGGCAGUAUAUCCGAUAAUGUGCGAAAAGAAUGUCGGCAACUCCUCCGACAAGACAUCGCCCCUUGCCUCCACCAAAUCGAAGACGGGAUAAACCCCAGCUCUCAUGUAAUUCGUGUCGUCGGCGGAAGGUUAAAUGUGAUCGACAACAGCCCUGCAAAACAUGUUCCCUCCGGGGACUUGCCGCUUCCUGCAGUUAUCCCCCGGACGCCACAUCACGCCCUUCGGAUCGUGAUACCUAUUCUACAGUGCAGAACCGAAUCCGUGAGCUAGAGGGCCUUGUUCAUACCCUUAUGCAACGGGCAGCACCCAAGAACUCAUCCAACGUCCAAGCACCCCCCGAGGUCACCGAAGGAUCCCCCGACUCCGAGGCGGGUGCAUCAGGAGAACCGUCUAAUGGUGGUACACUAACGGACAGCCCCGCCGGCGUUAGCUACGUCGAUGGUGCACAUUGGACUGCUCUGUUAGACAGCAUCUCCGAACUAAAGGAUUACUUUCAAGAUGGUACGGAAUCAGGACCGCACUACCAAACUCCCUUGCAACGUAUUCCUGACUUUGGGCCUUGCCCGCUGUUGCUAUACGGCCGUUUUGCCCAGGCCAGCAAGGGAGAGAUCUUAAGCAUACUACCACCGCGAAGUGUGGCCGAUUCAUUGGUUUCGAAGUUCUUUACAUCUAUCGAUUUAACACCAGCAUUAUUACACAGCGGCCAGUUUAUUCGACAGUACAACCAGUUCUGGGAAGACCCCUACGCAGCCCCGAUUAUGUGGAUAGGGCUCUUGUUCGCUAUCAUGUGUUUUUCGUCUAUGCUUUUACAACGCUACGGUGAUCACGAUCCAGGCGCUCUACCCCCUACUGCAGAGAAUACGGUCCUUGUACGAUCGUAUCGAGAGAAGGUUGUCCAGUGCCUGACACUGGGAAAGUACACCAGGGGCGGUGAGAAUGUCUUACAGACUCUAAUUCUCUAUAUUGCUAUAGAACAUUUCCUCCAAGAGGAUUCGGAUUUUGGUACUCAUCUUUUACUAAGCAUGAUAAUAAGCAUUGCUAUGAGGAUGGGAUAUCAUAGAGAUCCUAAAAACUUUCCAGUCAUAUCACCCUUCGAUGGUGAGAUGAGAAGACGAACAUGGGCGGCGCUAUACCAGGCGAAUCUUAUUUUUUCCUCCCAAAUGGGCCUUCCGAGUAUACUGAAAGACAACCAGAUAGAUACGGAAGAACCACACAAUCUUGCGGACUCUGAUUUCGAUGAGGGAACAACUGAACUUCCUCCAUCUCGACCCGAGACAGAAGUGACGCCAGUUUUAUAUAUAAUUACUAGGAGCCGCGUCUCGCGUCUCUGGGAAAAGGUUCGCGACUUAGCGACUGAUACAAGGCCUCAUAAAUACGAAGAGACCCUUGCAAUGGACCAAAGGGUACAAGCUGAUCAGCUGCGCAUUCCACCACCCUUAAUGAUGCAGCCUAUACAUCUGUCCAUCGCAGACCCUCCAAACCUGGUAAUGCAGAGAAUUUGGUUGGACAUCUGCUUCCUCCGGCUGAGAAUCGUGCUACACAAGAAGUACUUUAUGGUACCCAUACAAAAUGAACGUUACAAUCACUCGCGAGAAGUCUGCAUGAAAGCGGCCAUGAAGAUUCUUGAAUAUCAACAUACGAUUUAUGAACUGGUCAAGCCAGGUAGCUUAUUAUACGAGACUCGCUGGAAACUUUCAUCUGUGAUGAAUAACGAGUUUCUCCUAGCAACUAGUAUUAUAUGUGCUUAUAUUAAACAGAUUACCGAUAGUCCUAAAAGAGCAGUAGAGGGAAUAAGCACAGAAGAGGUUCACAAACUCCUCGUAACAUCUGCGGAAUGCUGGAAGAGGUACAACGACGUAUCCAGAAAUGCUCGGAGGGCUACCAAAGCGAUCAAUCUGGUCCUCGAAAUCGCGGGUACUCCUACGGAGAGCCCGGCUAGCGCAGAGGACGAACUAAGUCCUAUGUUCGCUUUGCAAGACCCUCUACUUCUAGAUUUUAGUUUCCCUUACACGUUGGACAAUUUUUACGGGGGAGACGACUCGAAAUUUGGGAACGACCCUUCGCUAGAAGCGAUUUCGUCCGCAGAGCAGCAUCUUACAGAUGAUGAAUGGAUUCACCUGUUCCAACGGGUAUCUACCCGCCCAGCAAAUUAAUUCGACAUAUUGUAGGAUAUGAUUGUACGUUCACGGGUUGUUUGAGCGGCAAGACAGAGGACAGAUAGAUAUGACGUGAGAAUGUGGUGCUCUCCCCUAUAGACGCUCAUUUUGAUGUCGGCCUACGAAAUCAUUGUAUACUACGACUACCCCCUUUGAUGGGGCGAACAAUCUCAUUGUACACUACUAUCUCACUAAGGCAUUGUUUAGAUUCCGUCUCGGUUCAGCAAGAACCAAAUCCCGGUAACCAUUUGAGAACAGCAAACAAACAACUUGGGAAAAAACUAGUGCUUUGUGCAUAAGGUAUUGUAGCAAUGAUCAAGUAUU